UCACUAACGACUAACCAACCUCAACAAUUGCGCAUCGGCGCGCGGCCGGGCAAGUCAGACUACAGGAAGAGGCGAAUAAUGACUUGAACUAUUUUCGACGGUUAUUCUGGCAAAAGGAGGGAGGAAUAUGCACCACCGGGUUGCUCGGGGAUCCCAUUUACGCAAUGGCGAUAUCUGGCGCUCGCAAAAGGCGAUCUCUCAACGCAGCAAAUGAUUGGGUUGCAUGAGGCGGUGUUCAGCCAAAAUCGGGGGCAGCUUUGACUGUAUCGAUGCUGUGUCCUUGAUACUAUUGCGAAGCCACGUGGCCGACGAUGAUGGAUAUGGGCAGCCGCCCUGAGCAAACGCCAGCCCGAAACGAUAACGAUGUUUAGCCAUCGACACCACGCUACCUACAUCGUAGCCAUUCCGGAUUCUCCUCGACUCCCCACAAAAGGAUAAGAUGUUCGGAGCAACCAUAUCGGCGGAACACAUGGCGCAUCGUACAUCGAGCCUUGCCGAUACCUAUGAUGCUUGUUCCCUUAGCUGGUCAAGGGUUUUGCUGAAGGAAGGCUCUCAUGGGGGGUUUCCCACCGAAAUGUUGGCCAGCCACGCGGCUCGUUGCUGAACGAGCGCGAUCAGUGUGGCAAGGAGGCGAUUCGAGAACCAUCAUCAAUGCCGCCAUCACAGUCCUCUUACAUGCGACAAGUCCGGCCUUGGCCGCUAGUCGUUGAUCGUCACCGAGGCUUCGACUUGCCACUCGGCACUGCCAUUGAGACUUUGGCGUACUCGUGUUCUUGACCAUUCCGAUCGAUCUGUACUUUUGGGCAUACGACUCUGUAGCCUGAGCUCAGAUACCCGGAACUCAGACUCGCUGAUCAUCGUGCGCCAAGCGUGAGUUUGGCGCACAAGGGUGUGCAACUAUUGGUUACCGGGACAUAAUUCGUACAUAGUGACCCUGUUGCCUGCUCUUAUGUUCACGUGCAUGAGCGAUGGCAGAGAGAGGAGGGGGCGAGGGGGGAAGGGCAUAUAGUUUACAUGGGGUCGCGGUCUAAUGCCGCUGCUUCUGACUUGGAAAAAGGAUUGGAUGUUGGGUUGGUUGACGAACAGUCUGUUCUGGGAAUGGGACAGAGAUGGAGAUAUUGCUGUGGUUCUGCAAGCGCACCACUGCGGCGGGGGACUUCGACCUGAUUCAUCGGCCCAGCUGAUUCGGCGGUUCUGGUGCGUUUGGGAUACCGCCUCGGCCACUGUGUGCAAUUCGCCUCAGAAAACCGCCAACUCCUCGGAAACCCACGACGACCCAUACGAGUUGCCAGGCAUUAAGGGCUGCUCUAUUCUCAGGAGCGAAACUAUGCACCUGCAACUCUCGCGGGAUCUAUUUUUUCUCUCACCGGCAGCGGUUGUUUUGGCGUGGGGUGGUCCUGCGCGAACUUCGACGCCUCGGCAACUGCAUAUCGGGCUUACCAGGCUGAACUGUCGCGUUAUCGGCAAAACCUCGGCUGGCAACGUGCUUGCAUCUAAAAACUCAAAUCGAAUCGGCUGCAGUAAUGGAGUCCUACCACCGCAACCGCCCUCGACAUGUCGCCAUGAGAGACGACCGCAGACCAGGCGAUGAGCGCAGAGACCGAGGCAGAGCUGGUCGAGAAGUGAUACGCUCCCGCAGAUCUCCCUCGCCUCCCCCACGUGGACCUCGGGAAGCCGACAGAGUGCCAGACAGCAAACCUCGCGACCCUCCCCUCGACAAGUUACAGCCUUCUGGCCGAAACCACCACAGACCACGCGACCGUAGCAGAGACCGACCCCAUCCAACAUCACCUUCGUCUAUCCGUCGCAAUAAGUACCGGGAAGAGUCUCGUGAUCGAUCUCGUGGCAGGGUCGCUGGUGAUUCGCGGCGCGACACCCGAGCUAAGCACUAUCGAGACCGUAGCCGGGGAUUUACUCGAGGCGACGGCCCUACAUCACCAUCCUCGAAGCGAGCAAGAAGUCGAAGUUUCGACAGGUCUGGCGCAGACGGAAAAAAGGUCAGACGGGACAUCAGCCCGCGUCGUGACCACAAGGAGGUAGUACCCCCUGGAGAGGCUGGUCGGAGUUCACGAGGCUCUCCUUACCCAUCCCGAAGAUCACCUACUCCCGAUCGCCGCGAAUACCGAUCGAAACACAAGGAAAGAACUCGUCGGAGUAAUCGAAGUAGGUCGCGGUCGCCCAAUAAGGAGAGGAGACGGGACCGUCGUGAUCAUUCCCCAACACACCGCCGCGAGCAGUCGUCUGGCCGAAGGCGGGAUCGAUCUCCCCUCCCCCAUCGACAACGGUCCCCCGCCAGACAGUCCUCAACAUCCGCGAGAGGUGGCCAUCGUCUGGCAUCGCCGCGUCGCAGCUCCAAAGACCACCCGCACUACAAGCCGUCCCAGUCCGGCGCCUCGUCCAGGUCCCUUAGUAGGGGAUCAGGCAGACGGGCUCCACAAGGCGACGAUUCCCAAGCCCCUCCAAAGUCUCAACCUUCAUCCGGUGCCAACAGCGUGGAGGUCAGCAUGAGCGGUAGAGGGAACCACCGGGAGAGCUUUGCGUCUCAAAUACCCCCUGCAUUGUCCCACGGCCGGCAGUACAGCGACCCACGACAAUUUUCCCAGUCCCCGCAACCAACUCCAAAUUCCUUCAACGCGUCCCCGAACCAGUCGCCGUACGGCGGUAGCAGGGGAAAUUGGGGGUCUCAGCAGUUCUCCCCAACACACCAAUACCCCCCGCAGUAUCCACAAUCCAACUACGGUCCUCCAACAGGACCGUCCGGCUCCUAUACACCAAAUCCAUCCUAUUCACCACCACCGUCCGCUCCAACAGGACCAAUGCAACAGUAUCCUCAAGGGAGCUUCCGCGGUAACUACCGUAGUGGCACCACGUUCCGAGGAGCCCAGUUCGGCCAGGGUCGAGGUGGCUACAGAGGAAAUAGCUUCAAAAGUACUGCACAAUGGACAUCCAAUGCUUCCAGCGCCGGCUCUCGGCAGCUGGAUGAUACCAAGUCUCAGCGGUCGACCACUCCCGUCCAAGGCAACAAAUCGGAUGCUGGCGAACAUGCAGACAAGGGCGAGAACCCGUUCCGCCCCUCAAAAGAUUUGCAAGUUGAGGACGUUACACCGUCCGACAAGGCUAGCGAGAGCAAUGCACCACAUCAGAACAGGGCCCCUCCGUCUGGUCCGGCCACUCAGUCGUCAUCGUCGUCGUCGAAGUUCAGCUUUGCGUUUAAGGCAUCUGCAAAGCCCGCUCCGACGGCACCUAAGCCUGAGAUAUCUCAGAAGUUCAACGCCGCCCCUUCUAAGCGGGAUACUUCCCAACAUCGUGAAUCCAAGGAUGGGGAUCGUGACCGUGACCGGGAACGAGAACGGGAACGGGAACGAGACCGAGACAGGAAUCGAGAUCGUGAUCGUGACCGGGACCGCGACCGUGACCGAGACAGGGCUCGGGACAAGGCUCGGGAGAAGGACAAAGGACUUGACAGGGACGUUCUUCGGGGCGCCCCAACUGAACCCGCUUCGGCCAGAGCUCGCCAGGAGCCGCGACAACCUCCUCCAGGCCCGCGACAGCCGCCGGCUCCGAGAACGCGAAAAAUCAGGAAGACCAUGAGACGCCUGAAGCCAGGACCAAAGCUGCCCGACGAUUUAAUCAAGUCAGAAUCGGUCUACUUCCGGAAGCCCGGCAACGAAUCUGUUGUUGGCUCCGGCACGUACGGAAAAGUUUUCAAGGCCUUGCACGUCUACACAAAGGGGCUGGUGGCUCUGAAGCGCAUCCGCAUGGAAGGCGAAAGAGACGGUUUUCCCGUUACGGCGGUUCGAGAGAUCAAGUUGCUUCAAUCGCUCCGCCACACCAACAUCGUCCAGCUUCAGGAGGUCAUGGUCGAGAGAAACGACUGCUUUAUGGUUUUUGAGUACUUGUCCCACGACUUAACGGGAAUUCUGAACCAUCCGUCCUUCACGCUAGAUGCGGCCCAAAAGAAGCAUAUGGCAAUGCAACUUUUCGACGGCCUCGACUACUUGCACAAGAGGGGUGUUCUCCAUCGAGACAUCAAAGCUGCAAACAUUCUUGUCAGUAGCGACGGUGUUCUCAAAUUGGCAGACUUCGGCCUGGCACGCUUCUAUGCCAAGAGACAUCAACUGGAUUACACCAACCGAGUUAUCACGAUUUGGUACCGGUCGCCCGAGCUGCUGCUUGGCGAGACUCAGUACGGUCCUGCUUGCGAUGUCUGGAGCGCCGCCUGCGUCAUGGUGGAGAUAUUCACUCGUCAUGCCAUCUUUCCAGGCGACGGUAGCGAGAUCAACCAAUUGGACAAGAUCUACGCCGUGAUGGGCACUCCGAACAAGGCGGAAUGGCCGGGACUGAUCGAUAUGCCGUGGUUUGAGCUGCUGCGUCCUGGGUACCGGCGGGCAAACACUUUCCCUUCCAAAUACCAGGACAAGAUUCCGGCCGCAGCGUACCGACUGUUGGCUGCCAUGUUCCGCUACGACCCCGCCAAAAGACCAUCGGCUGCCGAUGUUCUGGCUGAUGAAUACUUCACCACCGAAGACCCUCCUCCUCGACAGGCUAUAGAACUUGCCGAAUUAGAUGGCGACUGGCACGAAUUCGAGUCCAAGGCGCUGCGGCGCGAGAACGAGCGUAAGGAGAAAGAGGCGCGGCGCGCGGCGUCGUCGGCGAAGGACAACAAAUCCCGAGAUCGCAAGAGAGAACCCGAAGCUCACGAUGACCGCGGCGACGCUAAGAGAGUCCAUGUGGAGGGGAGGCCGGUGGUUCCUGCAGAGCGUUCGAAGGCCUAGAAGACUUGACGACGUUGAGCUGGCCCCCAGGAUGCCAAAUUUCACGUUGCCCCCUCCAGGUUUCGGAUUUGCUGUUGUGGGCGGACCGAGAGAAAUCAUCGUCCUUCUUUUUUCACACACACACUUGCAUUGUUUGCGUUGGCAAGGCGUUGGGGAAUUUUCUAAAGGUUUUAACGGGCUGAAUGAGAACAGGGAUAUUUAGGCUUCCAAGCUCGGGGGACCGCGAGCAUGGCUUCUUCUGAUAACACUUAAACGUUACUCGCGAUGGGCAGAGAGAGAGAGAGAGAGAGAGAGAGAGAGAGAGAGAGAGAGAGAGAGAGAGAGAGAGAGAGAGAGCGACAAAGGAAGGAAUGCUUGUCAGCAGCAGUCGACAUGCGGUUGCCUUCAAUCAACCAUCGCGAGGGCAGCAGGAAUGGCUGAGCAAAGUUGCAUCCGGUGAUGAUCAGGCAUUGUACGGUAUAGACCCAGACUAAACGGGGUCCGAUCUGAGGAAUAUAUCACAAGAUGAUAACGACGCGACUUGAUCGUAUCCCUUCGUUGCAUCCACGCUGCGAAUUGUCGUAUUCGUUCCUAGCCAUUCAUACCAAUCGGCCUUCGCCUGGGUUCGAUGGAGAUGGGGUUACUAAGUGCGUUACCCAAAGAAUACCUUUGACAUACACCUAUAAAUUGGGAAGGGGGAGGCAACCAGUCUCGCGACGCUACCCCCUCGCUUUAUCGGGAACAGAACGACCCGACAAUCAGUUUUCCACCUUGACGUGUGUUGGUUUACAUUGAAUUGGCCGUCCAAGGGGGCCGUUGUGGCUCGGACAGCGAGAGACUCGUGAUUCUCUCGAUCGCGCCUGGAAGCCUCAGACGCAGGGGCAAGCGUGCGACUCCCCCGUGUUGCUGGGCAGUAUUCGCUCCUCACAGCUGUUCGGGAACGUAGGAGUCAAGCUCUCAAGAGUGGGACAAGCAUUUGUGACCAAUACUGAGAAUGACGGUAGCUUGCACAAUGUUUGAGCGCCAUUAUUGGUAAAAAAGACAAUUGAAUUUACCCGCUGUUUCUCCAUCCACCUGAAUGCAUUUUAUGGUAUGCCCCCUCAUUCCUUGUUCGUCGUAGAUCAUCGUUGAGGAAAUCGUUUCAUUAGAUCGUGAGUUGUCCUGCUUGCAGGCGUCGAGCCGGAUUUUUCGCGUUGUCUUCGCGUCUCCGGGUUAUUUUUUAAGUAUAGCCUUCCCUUUUGUAUGAGUAUCAGAAACCGGCGUGUUUUGGCACUGUGCUGUUGUAGACACCGGCAGUUGCUGCGAUCGAGCCAAAUAAGCUAUCCUUCAUAGAUGCAUUUGUCAAUAUGCAGGCAUCCCCAGCGAAUUUGCCUUCCUGCCGAUCUUGUGAUGUUGGUCACCGCCUC